AUGGUUAAAGAUCCACAUGCUCCACUUCACGAGUAUCAUCAGUCGGGUGACCUCUUCAUUGGUGGAAUAGCUUCUCUGUCCAUCAGAGUCUCCAAUUUUAUAGCCUUCACCAGAGAACCCCCACCAACUUUGUAUGAAGAGCUUUUAAUAGUUACAAAGAAUUACCAGCACAUUUUGGCCUUGGUCUUCGCAGUAAAUGAGAUCAAUCAAAAUCCUCAUAUUUUACCCAAUGUCACUUUGGGCUUCUACAUUUAUGACAGUUAUUUCACUGCGCAAGCAACCUACCAUGCAACAUUGCUACUUAUACACACACUGGGAAGAAUGAUCCCCAGCUACAAGUGUGAUACCCAUAAUAACCUGAUAGCAGUCAUUGGGGGACUUGACCCACUAAUCUCACUCCAUGUGGCAACUGUUGUGGAUAUUUACAAGAUUCCACAGCUGAUAUAUGGUCCUGCUCCAAUGAUGAAUGAUAAAACCCCAGGCCUUUCCUUCUAUCAGAUGGCCCCUAAGGAAGGCCUUCAGUAUGCAGGGAUUCUUUCUUUGCUUCUUCAUUUUAAGUGGACGUGGAUUGGGAUCCUUACCUCCAAUGAUGAAUAUGGAGAUAGAUUUGUGCAAACUGUAUUUCCACUUUUCUUCCAGCAUGGUAUCUGUUUUGCCUUCAUAGAAAAAAGCAAAAAAUAUGCCAUUGUCACUGAAAUUAAUGAUAUGUUUAAUCAGGGGGCAAAAAUGCAUGAUAAACUCAUUGACAGCAAAGCUAAUGUAGUGAUCGCCCAUGGAGAAUCUUUUGCCAUUGUGUUUUUGAGAUGGUUGCCAUAUCUUUCAGAGCGAGAACACACAGCAAAUAAACAAAAAGGCAUUGUAUGGAUAAUAACAGCUCAGAUGGAGCUCACUUCAAUUGCCUAUCAAAGGACUUGGGAUGUAGACAUAAUCCACGGUGCUCUGUCCUUCUCAAUUCACUCCAAUGAACUACCAGGAUUUCAACAAUACGUUGAGAGCAAACAUCCUUCCAGCACAAAAGGAGAUGGCUUUAUCAGGGACUUCUGGCAACAUGCAUUCAGCUGUGUAUUUCCAAAUAAAAUCAUGGGCAAUGUGGAUGGGGAUAUUUGCACAGGGGAGGAGAAGGUCAACAGCCUUCCUGGACCUUUCUUUGAAAUGCGCAUGACUGGCCACAGCUACAGUGUCUACAAUGCUGUCUAUGCCAUAGCCCAUGCUUUACAUGCCAUGUCCUCAUCUAGACUCAAGCACAAAGCAAUGGUGGUCAAAGUGGGAUUAAAACAUUCACAUUUACAGCUGUGGCAGCUCCAUCACUUACUGAGAGGUGUGUCUUUUAACAACACUGCUGGAGACAAGGUUUUAUUUGACCAGAAUGGAGAGCUAGUAGCUGGAUUUGAUAUUACCAACUGGAUUUUUUCUUCAAACCAAUCCUUUCAUAGGGUGAAAGUUGGGAGGGUGGAUCCCCAGGGCCUUCCAGACCAAGCGCUGAAAAUCAAUGAGAGUGCCAUAACAUGGCACAACUGGUUUAAUCAGGCAAGGCCUCUGUCUGUCUGCACCAAAGGUUGCCAUCCUGGUUCUAGCAAGAAAGUGAAGGAGGGGGAGCCAUUUUGCUGCUAUGAUUGCAUCCCAUGUCCAGAAGGGAAGUUUUCAGACAAGGCAGACAUGAGUGACUGUUCUACAUGCACUGAGAAAAACUAUCCAAGCAAGAGCCAGGAUUUCUGUAUACCCAAGUUUGUUUCCUUUUUGUCUUACAAAGAACCUUUGGGGCUCAGUUUAGCAUUCUUUGCUCUUUCAUUUUCAUUGAUCACUGGUCUGGUGUUGGGAACAUUUAUGAAGCACCACAAUACUCCCAUAGUCAUAGCCAAUAACAGGAACCUCACCUACACUCUCCUCAUCUCCCUCAUGCUCAGUUUCCUUUGUGCUCUGCUAUUCAUCAGCCAGCCACAAAAACUGACGUGUCUCCUCCGACAAACUGCGUUUGGCAUCAUCUUCUCAGUGGCUGUUUCUUGUGUGUUGGCAAAAACAAUCACUGUGGUUCUGGCUUUCAUUGCCACCAGACCAGGAUCUAGGAUGAGGAGGUGGGUGGGGAAAGGAUUGGCAAACUCUAUUGUUCUUUACUGUUCUCUCAUCCAAGGAGGCAUCUGUACUGUGUGGCUAGCAACCAAUCCUCCAUACCCAGAUACUGACUUACAUUCAGUGCUUGAUGAAAUUGUACUGGAAUGUAAUGAGGGGUCCAUGACUAUGUUUUAUUGUGCCUUAGGCUAUAUGGGGUUUCUGGCUAUUAUCAGUUUCAUUGUGGCUUUUCUUGCCAGGAAGUUACCGGACAGUUUCAAUGAAGCCAAGUUCAUCACUUUCAGUAUGUUGGUCUUCUGCAGUGUUUGGUUAUCCUUUAUUCCAUCAUACCUGAGUUCCAAAGGAAAAUACAUGGUAGCUGUGGAGAUCUUUUCAAUCUUAGCCUCUAGUGCUGGGCUGCUGGGCUGCAUCUUUUCCCCCAAAUGUUACAUCAUUGUGUUGAGGCCUGAGCUGAACAACAGGGAACAACUAAUAAGAAGGAAAGCUUGA